GGAAGGGCUUGCAGACUCCAGACUCCAGAGAACAUCAAGACUCAUCUCCGGCGCGACCGGACCUACUAGUACUACUAACGGCAUGCCGCCCGCCGCUCCGUGCCGUCUAGCCUCCAGUCUCCAACGGGCCGGGCUGGAAGGGGUCUCCAGAGUCCACGGGAAAAGGAGGAGGAGCGCACAAGAAAGGAGAAGAAGCUCUCCAACGGCCGUCCGCGACCGCCGAGUAUGAAUACCUCCAUGAGUCCGUACAUGUAGCGCAGCGCACCGGCAGCAGCUCGAGCCCCCGUGUGCAUCCCACGUCAGCAACCACAGACCUCUCUCUCUCUGUCUCUACCUCUCGCGCACCAGCAGGCCCCGGGUGUCAUCCGCCCGUCAGACGACGAUCAGACAAAUAAGAUGAAGCUCACGUCGCUGGUGCAGGCUGCGGCGGCGGCCUUGCUCGCGGCCCAAGCUCCUGGUGCUCUGGCCGACGCCGACAACGCGGCCGCCUCGGGCACGUCCACGUCCACGUCCACGUCGUGUCGGUGCCUACCGGGAGACGCCUGCUGGCCCUCGGACGGCACUUGGGCAAAGCUUAAUGCCACCGUCGGGGGCAGGCUCGUCGCCACGGUGCCUAUCGGGUCGCCGUGCCACGACCCGACCUACGAUGCCGCCGCGUGCGCGGCGCUGCAGGCAAGCUGGAAGAACCCUCUCACUCAGUGCGUUUUUUAUCAUCUAUCGCGGGCAUUAGAUGCCGUCCGUCCACCCGGGCUGCUUGCUAGCAGCUUGGGGAGGCCCGGUCGCCCGCCACCGAGGCAAAUGGGAGUUGGGAGCGCUAACCCGAGGGUUGCAACAGUAUUCCGUCAUCGUCGUCGGUGAUGCAGACGUAUUUCGCAAAUCAGAGCUGCGAUCCGUUCACCGAUAGGACGAAGCCCUGCGUGCUUGGCAACUACGUCAGCUACGCCGUCAAGGUCAAGUGCAACGCAGACGUCGCAGCCGCUCUGCGCUUUGCCAAGGAGCACAACCUCCGCGUCGUCGUCCGCAACACGGGCCACGACUUCUUCGGCCGCUCCACCGGCGCCGGCGCCCUCUCCAUCUGGACCCAGGGCCUCAAGGCCGUGUCCUUUGCCGACUGGUCGGACGAGCACUACUCCGGACCGGCAGCCAGCGUCGGCGCGGGCGUCAUCGGGUAUGAGAUCAUCGAGGCGGCGCACAAGCAGGGCCUCGCGGUGGUGACGGGCGAGUGCGCGACGGUCGGUCUCGCCGGCGGCUUCAUCCAGGGGGGCGGGCACUCUGCGCUCAGCACCGCCUUUGGUCUCGCCUCGGACCAGACGUUGGCUUUCCAGGUCGUCACGACGAGCGGUCGCACCGUCACAGCGUCGCCAACAAAGAACGCGGACCUCUACUGGGCGCUGAGCGGCGGCGGCGGCGGCAACUACGGCGUCGUCGUGGGAGUGACGGUUCGUGCGCACAAGGCGGCGACGGUCGGAGGCGCGGCCUUCCAACUGCUCGCGCCCACUACCACGCCUGAGAAGUUCCAGGCCGCCCUGGCCAAGUUCUACGAGCUGCUGCCCAAGAUGGUGGACAAUGGCGCCAUGGUCGUCUUCUACACGAACCAGCAGAUGCUGGUGCUCAAGCCCCUGACCCUGUGGAACUCGACGGCCGCUCACGUCCGCGACGUCGUCCUGCAGCCCUUCACCGCGGCGCUCAAGGACAUUGGCAUCGCCCUGCCGGUUGCGUACAGCGAGCUCUCCUACCGCGACCACUACGACCGCUACAUGGGGCCCCUCCCCCAGGGGAGCUUCGAGGUCGAGCGGUACCAGUUCGGCGGACGCCUGAUCCCCCGCCGGGUCCUCGAGGACGACGCGAGCCGCGGCGCCUUUGUCCGCGUCGUCAACAACCUGACGGCCAACGGCAUCCUCGCCGUCGGCAGCGCCGCCGCCUACGCCAACAAGCCCGCCGGCGGCGCCGACAACGCGGUCAACCCGGUGUGGCGCUCCACGCUGGUCCAGCUGCAGCUCAUCACGGACUGGGACUCGACGGCGCCGUGGUCGGACAUGGAGGCGGCGCAGCGUCGCAUGACGGAGGAGUUUAUGCCGCAGAUGGAGCGCGUCACGCCCGGCAGCGGGUCGUACAUGAACGAGGCCGACUUUAGGCAGCCGAACUGGCAGCAGACGUUUUACGGGGCUAGCUACGAGAAGCUGCUGGCCGUUAAGCGCAAGUGGGAUCCUGAGAGUGUUCUUUAUACGCUCAAGGGUGUGGGAAGCGAGGCUUGGAACGUUGGAAACGAUGGCCGGAUGUGCAGGGCAUGAUGAUCCUAGCACCACAUGCAAAGCUCUGGUCAGUCAAUAAUUGCGUGUAUCAGACUUGAGAAAGUGAUUCCCGCCCAUGGAGC